UUCAAGCUGAACGACUCUGGUGAUACAUCGCCUCAAGAGAAUAAGAAGAAAAAAAGAGCUCUUGGACUAUCGUACCUUAUUGACGAGAGUCCGCCAUGGUACGUCUGCUUACUGCUUGGCUUUCAGGUAAUAUUAAAGGCGAUUCCUUUGUUACUAAUUUUGCCUUAUUUAAUAACGUAGUUGUGCUUAUCAUUCUCUGGCAAAGCUAUCAAUCAGUCAAUCAGUCGUUCAAUGACCAGUUAACUUUAUCACAAAGCCUGGAGCAAACAAAUGCUCGUUUAAAAACCGUCCGUAAAAGGUUACUAUAUGUCACCAGAGAAUUGAUUGACUUUGUAACAUGUAGCUGUUAGCUUAGGGAUUAAGAUAUGGAUAAUUUAUGAUGUAAAGACGAAAUCACAAGUAAAUAAAAGGGUCAAGCUCAGGCUUAUGAAUAAUUUUUAUGCAAAACGUCAAGAUAGCUUAUCAAGCAUGUCAGGAGCGCAAAAUAUUAAGUUAUUCCAACAUGGCUUGAUGGCCAGCAGUUUCUUGAAUGUCUUUCUUAUCGUGCAAGAUAUUACCUACCUCCAGUAGUUCUAGCUGAGUUUGCUGAAACGCCAAUGGUUCUCUAGCCCCAGACAAUAAUACUGGGCCCAGUUAUUCCAAGGCCGAUUAGCGCUUAACCCGGGGUUAAAUUUAACCCGGGUUUCUUUUUCUUGUGUUCAAAAAGCAUUUUCUCGGAUAAUUUCCUCUGUUAUUUUUAGAGCUUCCAAUCAUCAACUUGCAGACAAAAAGAAUUAAAACUGAAAUGCUUUUGAAGCUUUCAAAUCUGAAUUCAAAUCUGGCACUAACCCUGGGUUAUCUUAACCCGGCUUUGAACAACUCGGCCCUGGCCUUUGCUGUAUGACUGUAUCCGCGAGCGGGUAAGACGAAGCAAAUCCUCAGUGUAUUCUGAUUGGCUGACACCCGAACAAGAAGCGGUCAACAGCCAGAAUUCUCAGACUAUUUCUCUAUUUCGUUUUAGCAUUUCCUAACCAUGCUGGGAUCAACACUUGCCAUUCCCUUUAUCAUCAGCGAACCGAUGUGUUUUGCAAAUAAUUCACUCGCCAUCAGCGAAGUCCUUAGUACCAUAUACUUUGUGUCUGGACUUGUAACAUUACUGCAGACUUUGCUUGGGAUCAGGUAGGUAUUGAUUGUUAAUUUUUUUAAAUUAUACUCUUCUUAUAUUGAAAGGGUAAAACAGCUCUUCUAAUUAAACUAUAAAAUAAAGGCUAUUACAUUCCGAAAGUGAUGAUAUAUGUCUAUCAAACAAUUGGCCCCGAUCCUCGACGCAUUUUCAAUAGGACCCAAUAGUGUUGUGUAUCAGGAUUCUCAAAAACAGGAACAAACACUGCAGAUAACAAAGAGGAAACCAAUAACAUCCUUAGCUCGCUAGCAUACAUUUUCCCGCGCUUUUGCUUGAGCUCUCAUUGGUGACUAAGCGCAUGCGCAUGAUCGCUUCCAUCGUGAUUGGUGAUACAUUGAAAGGUGUUUUCUUGAUCUUUGAAGUGCCUCACGUUACUGUUUUGUGCACAGUUGUCCAUAUACAAUCUGAAAAUUCUCACAUGCACAAAAACGCAAAAUUUACGCUGCACAGACGCUCAAUUCGGGGGGACGUCGAUAAAGAGUUUGUAGAAGCAACUUCAGGUCUGUAUACCAUGAAGUCCAACUCAAAAGAAAAUUGACAAAACUGCCCUGAAAGCCCUUUCUUCAUGCAAGUUUUUCUUUUCCUUUUCUGAAGGCUUCCUAUUGUUCAAGGCGGAACGUUUGCAUUUAUUACGCCAACAUUUGCAAUCUUGUCUUUGCCUCAAUGGACAUGUCCUAAGACAGAAGGUCAGUUUAUGUCGAACAAGUAACUGCGGCAAUUUUAUUUUACUUUCCAGUUUGGUUCAAGUUAGUUCUUAUUCUUGGGUAAAAUAUCGAAAAUAGGACUUUUCCGGUACGGAAAAACUCUCUCCGAAGCAAAACGGAACAAUCAGAGAGCCCGCGCUUUGGAAGAGUGCUAGUUAUUUAACUGGAACAUUUUACCUUUGAAUGGACACACCUUAGGAGUUCUUCUUUAGUCUAGGCUUUGAUAGAUUGUGCUCGCAAAAGUGUUCGUAUACUUCUAAAAUUAUGCCAUAAUUAUGCUAUUUUUUGUAAAUUAUGCUCGUUUUAGCGAAAAACUAUUGCAGAAGUUAUGCUUCUACUUUUUACUUUAAAUUUAGUAAAAACACCUCAAUAACUAUGCAAUGAGAAACUUUUUAUAACUAAACACUUAAAAAGGUAAACCGCUGAAACAACAAACCUGUCUGACAACUAUGAAAACGCGGGCGCCAUCUUGGGUACCCAAGAUAGUUAUGCGCCUACUUUGAGUCCAGUGGAUAGAGUCCUGGGUCAUUUCCUGUGGGACACAGGUCUAAUGAAUGUGACACUAAGCAGGCAAAAGAUGGAUUUGCCUGUAAUACUGAUCUCGGGCCAAAAAAAUUGGUUGCAUGAUCAGUUAUGCCAAUCAAAUAUAUAUGUGCUGCAAAACUAGCCAAAGGUGCAAAUUUUGCUAGCAGUCCUUUUUUCGGAAAAUAGAUGAAAAUUAUGUUUGUGAUGACGAAUGCCAAUCAUUAUGCCGGCGCAAUCUAUCAAAGCCUACCUACGUCUUACAAGAAAUCACAACGAUUGCGAGAAUAGGCUUAGGGCUUAGGCAGGAUGUAAAAGAGACUGUUUUUUUAACUGCCCGUAGUCGUGAGUUUUACUUGACUGCACAUAUGCGCAGCAGGACAAGGUGAACCAACAUAUGAUCUGUUAGAUAAAGGGCACACGGGUUAUACCUUGUAUUGUUUUCCAACUGACCGGGUAUGUUUUCCCCUUUUAAGAUAACAGUAACUCAACUAUCAGUUCCCUUAUCAACAAUGAUGACAUCUGGAAACCUCGCAUGAGAGAGGUAAGAGCUUGAUUAUGGAUAACCGGUUAUUAUUUCUAUAUUGCUAUUGCUAUGAGGUGCACAGUACCUACCGAAGAAAGUGCAACCAACGACGCGCGUAUUUUCCUUGUUGGUUCUUGUAUAUUGUUAAUACAAUCUACAUUGGAGUAAUUCAUAUGUCAGAAAAUUUAUUUACUUUCAAAAUAAAUAAAUUUUACCAGACAAAAAUUGGUAGGGAGGUCAGAGAAUCACAAAUAGUGAUCAACAGUGCCUGUCUCAAUUAUAUCUAAAUUUUGCUAGGAUCAAGUGAUCCUCAAGGAAUGGGUUGCCAGAAAUAGCCGGUCCGCUGAAAAUAAAAAAGAUUAUGAAGAAGAAGCUACAGACGGACAAGUAUAACGCUCGUGAACAGCAUGUAGAGCAUGCAAAACGUAUUUAGCCACAGUUACACAUUUUUAACCCAGACACCAAAAGAGUCGACUGUUCGCAUUCCAGGCAUAUCCUUAUUCAGUAUUUUUUAUCUUACAUGUAUAUUAAAGAUCCAAGGUGCCAUAAUGGUUUCAUCGUUGUUCCAAAUUGUCAUUGGUUUCACUGGUCUUGUUGGCUUUCUCCUUCGCUUCAUCGGACCACUGACCAUAGCACCAACAAUAACCCUGGUGGGCGUGGCACUCUUCAAAGUAGCAGCUGGAAAUGCAGGUACAGUCGAACCUCGCUUUACUGACACCUCGUUAUUAAGGACAAUUUCAUUUGUGCCUGGGGAAAGCCCUUACAUUUUCUCUAAAUUCAACCCGCUUAAUACGGACACCCGCUUUAAUGCGGACAAGGGACACUUGUUUCUUGCCCAAUCAACAGAUUAUCAUUCAUAACGCUAAUGCUAAUGUAUAAUUCAUAAUGCUAAUGCGGACACUUCAUAAUGAACUUUCUGCUAAAAUGGACGUCUCCUUUUAAAACCCUUCAGUUGACAGCAUGUCAAUGUUCCCAACGCUAGAUUACACCAGAUAGGAUGAAUUGUAGACGUCAAUUUCAGACUAUUUUGGCAUCAAACGAGUUAUGCAGAGAACGGUUUUGAUUAAGCAAUACACGUAUAUAGAUAAGGUCGAUUUUCAGGGGCCGACGGAGGAUUUUGUGAUAGAGGGGGCGUAGAAAUAUAAUAUACAGUGGCAAAAUGGGCGCGAUAGCGUCCAUCAGGACUGCGAACGGCGAGGGGAACGGCCCACUUUUCUAGAGAGUUUCGGGCGCAUGCUCCUGCGGGACAAGUUUUGUGAUUGAAGUUCUCUGACAUGCAAUCUAGUGCAUUCUGGACGCUUAAAUUUAGCAAAAGCCUGGAUUCCAUAUUGAACAUGUAAUGCUGAAAUAUUUAAUAAACCACAGGUGUGGUUGUAGUCGAAGAAGUAAAAACUUUAUGAUCCUAGCAGGGGAUGAAGCGGUUGCCGCGAGAGCACAACCUCCCGACAAAGACAACGUUCGACAAAUUUUCUUAUUAACAAUGUUUAUUAAAGAAAAUAUGUUUAAGUAAAAAUGCUCGAAUUACCAUCCCACACACUUUUACAAAAAAAAAACUUCCCGGACAAAAGGGAGGCCGGGGCUGCCUGAGCCCACUCCUAAAUCCGCCCUUGCAGCCCUUGGAUUUCAUCCACAGACUCAAAAGUUAGAACUAAAUAUCAAAUAAAUAGUACCAUGUGAAAGUGCUGCAGAAGAGGUUUCAUUUGAAUGGUCACGCACUAAUAGCAUUAGAUCCACAGUCUCAAAAAUGAAAGCAAGUAUGUACGGUUAAAAUGAAGAGGGUUUUUCUUUUUUUCAAUGGUCAAACUAUAGGAUUUUGAUCACAGACUAAAAAAUUAGUACUAUUACAUGCCUUCAUAAUUGGCCACUCCAGAAAAUACCAUAACAUACCAUAAUGUUCUUUGUUUGUCAGCCCAAAAUUUUGCAUAAGCAUUGUUUUCAGUUUCUCUUCGGACCAUUUUAACUCCCAAGAGAAACUGAAGACAAUGCUUAUGCAAAAUUUUGGGGUGACAAACAAAGAGCAUUAUGGUAUGUUAUGGUAUUUCUGGAGUGGUCAAUUGACUCUGAUACUCUUUUCAAUGUUUAUAGGCAAUCACUGGGGAAUUUCAAUGGCGUAAGUACAUCUUUACAGAAAAGUAUUUGGUAUUUUUCAGAUAUAAUGCAAAAAUAUAUAGGGCCGUUUAUACGAGAGAACAUAAGCCGCGGCUUAUAUGAGACGCGAACACCCUGUAUAAAAGGUGCAAAAUCUACGUUCACGGCCUAUUCAACCCACGGCUAGCUCAAGCCGCGGCUUAUCCUGGCCGAGGCGUUUUGGGCUGGGCGUAAACAAGCUGCGGCUUACCGCAGACGAGAAAGUGCUCGUAUAAAUCGACUCAAACGUUGUCCGCGGUUUGCUGAAGCCGUCAACGAUUGCUGCACAUGUUCUGUUUUCAGUUAUAUCCCAGACCUUCACGGCCGAGAGACGCGCGCUGUAAUGGCGGGAAAAUGACCUGCUGUACGAUAGAGCAAGAGAGCCGGAAAUUUCGUCUCAACUCUACCUCAUCCAUUGCUGGAAUAUCCCUUUCAAACCACUCGACUGACCGCUGACAAACUUUUCGUCGAGGUUUCCGCACAAGUUACGCAACAACCCAGAACUGAUCUUGACCAAAAUGUGAAUUUAAAACAAAAAAGACAGCGUAAAAUAUGGUAAUUUUCCUGACCAAAGCCAAUCGUUUCGCUUUCUUGCUCGCUCGAGCCACUGCUGCAAAUUACACGAGGCACCAAAACAAGCUACGUCAUCAUUGAACCGGUCUGACCGCGUUCUAAGCCGUGAACCAUUUAUACGAGCAAUUCGCGUCUUAUAUAAGCUGUACGCGUAUAAAUGGUUCCCUUCGCAUCUUACGUAAGCCGCGGCCAUAGUAAGUCGCGGCCUUUUUUCUCUGGUAUAAACGGCCCUAAUUGUGUACAACCGGGGCCGCGAACGAAGAAUGCGUGAAGUAGUUUUCUUUCCAACAGGAAUCUGUUUUUUUUUUUUAUUGAAGGUUUUUACGAAGGAAGAAGACGAGUUUCAAAAGGUAGUUCUAUCUUUGUCGGGUGUUUGUAGUAAAAGCAAUCUUCUUUGUUUUUCAGGACCAUCGCGUUAAUAGCUCUGUUUUCCCAGUACCUAACCAAUGUUAAGAUUCCUGUGCCAGGAUAUAGUAAAGAUCGAGGAGGUUUCUACGUUGGUCAUUACCCGUUAUUCAGGCUAUUUCCUGUGAGUAUCUAAUAUUGACACGAAGACGAAAGAGAAACCAGAUUAUAUUUUGAGCAACAAUAAUUUGCCGUCUGUACCCUUUGAAUUGAACACAUUUAAUGCUUAAUGACUGGUCCAGAGAGAAACAAUUAAUUUUGUUUUCCGAGAAUCCCGAGGGACCAGUCUUUAUAGCAGGAAAUUCAUUAAACCUCGCUGUAAAGGCGGUCGUCGGUCAACAUCCGCGGGUAACAGUGCACUGUUACCCUCUGACGUCAAAGAUUUUCCAAUGUUACCUGCUCAGAGUUUUUGGCGGGAAACGGUUUCAUUGUUAGAGGUCAUGCGACCUCCAAGUAACCAAUGAGAACGCGCGCUGUCAGGAAAAAAAUUUCCAGCUAUAUUAACAAAGUACAAAUAUUGCUUUUUCCACUCAUUUGGAAUCUGGAAUUAUAACAACUGGCAGUACGGUUGUAUAGUUGGUGCCGGGUUUUCAUGAAGAUGUAGUAUGAUUAACUGGGAAAAAGUUGACCCGUCACUCGUUAGAAAACGUAUUGUUCGCGAGACGACAGGCAUCCCCGACUCAUCCUCCCCUUCCCACAAAGGGAUCAGGGGUUCCAAACAGACUAUAGGCUUCAAUCACUGAAAAUCUGUCUAAAGAUGGCAAUUUGGUAUGUAAAGGUAUUAAAGUACCCCUAUCGCAAGUGUCCUUAAAAGGCCUGCGCUUUGAGAUUGUGAGUUUCUAUUUCUUAUCGCUUCCAUUGGAAUGCAGGGAUUUUAUUAUUCUGACCUAAUUUACUAUUAUUCGAGACGUGAAGUAAUAACAUCUCGAGCCCGUCCAAAGACGAGUGAUCUAGUCACGUUUUUUUGUUGUUGUUGUUUUACUUCGCGACAGUACAACAAUGCAGAUACCAAAUCAAUUAAGAAAUUGUCCUCCGCAAUCACUUUAAUAUCGCUUCUUGCUUAGAGACUCAUUCCUUGUUAUACGUGUUAUCCUUUCCAAGAUCAUUCUUGCGAUCGCUGUUUCCUGGAUGAUCUGUGCUAUCAUCACGGUAGCAGGAGGUUUCCCUUCAGAUCCCAGCAAUCCUCAGUACAAGGCCAGAACUGAUGCUAGAAUUGGUGUGUUGAAAGAUGCAAAAUGGUUCAGAUUUCCGUACCCAGGUAAAGCUUGUCCGUGAACAUAGUGCAUAGUUUAUUCCUCUUCACAUGUAACUGAAGCAGCUACAAUAAUAUCUCAUACAGUGAUGGGAAGUUUCACCAGCUCCCUUUGCCUUCUUUCCGAUAGUUAACCAGAAGAGUUCUGGAUUCGUUUACAUAGAAGGAAGUACUGCAUCCCAUUCUGGACCCGAAUUCUAUUCGGACUUGAGCAGUGAUAAUACUUGUUGGUAUUCAACACAGGAAUCAAAGAAAAAGUGUCAUCCAAGAGCAAAGAGCUAAAGAAGACGAUCAAAACUCCCACAAUACUCGUCAAAUUUCUUUGAAACAAUAGACUGAAACUGAGGAUUUCUCAUGUCACGCCUUCUCAACCAACUUAUUUAACUUUUCCCAGACUGUACUUCUUCCUUCCUUCCCUAGUGUUGAGAUUCGCGUAUACUUGCAAAUGGGUUACGGUAAGAUUCCGAAAAUAAGCCCCGGGGCUUAUAUUUUUCGAAGGCCCUUUUUGAGGGGCUUAUCGACGGAACGAAAUUUGCGUUUCAAAAUCGAUAGGGCUAGCCUUAUGGUUGGAAGUAAAUGUACCGUUUUUGCUUUGUUUGACUUUGUAUUUGAGGACAAUUUUCCAAGUACAAGCCCCCGAGGGGCUUAUAUUUGAAGGGGCGAUUUAACGGAGGGGUUUUGCGUUACCGGUUUGGGGGGCUCAUAUUUGGAGGGGCUUAUACAUGGAGGGGCUUAUUUUCGGAAUUUUACCGUAUACGUGAAUUAACAUUAGGGAGGGUGUAACUGGCAAGUAUUUCAAAAGAUGUGACGCGUGUUGUAGUUAUGUUGGCUCACAAAUCUGCUAGGUCAUGGGUGUCCCGUAUCAUACCCCCUCCCGCCCCCGCCCACCUCCAAACCAUGCACCACCGCCAUCUUCGAGUACAAGUGUUAUAGUCGCUUCGGGCAAGUCUUAACCUUAAUAAUGGAACAAUUCUAGUAUUUAUACCUUUGUGUUGUUUAACCCAGGUCAAUGGGGAAUGCCCACUGUUAGUGCCGCAGGAGUGUUCGGGAUACUCGCCGGUGUAUUAGCCUCCAUCAUCGAGUCUGUAGGAGAUUACUACGCCUGCGCGAGAUUAUCAGGAGCUCCCCCUCCUCCAAAACAUGCGAUCAAUCGUGGGAUUGCCUGGGAGGGGAUUGGAUGUCUUUUAGCGGGAGCUUUUGGAACUGGAAAUGGGACAACCUCAUAUAGUGAGAACAUUGGAGCUAUUGGUAUCACUAAGGUACAUCAGGCAAUCGUUUUGCAGUUUAAUUAUGUCAUGUUUUGUUUACUAAAGUGAAACAUGUCAUGGGACCUUCGCUGAUGCAAAUGAUAAAACCCAUUUCUCAUUACUACUCCGAUGCAUCACCCCUCGUUUCUUAAGAACCUAACCCUUUUAUUAGAAGCGUGCUUUGCUAAUAAGGGGGUGACUGACACAGGACAAGAGACAAACUACUCAACUAGUGGUCAAAGUGUGAGUUAACCGGUUAUCGCAGGAUUAUCAGUGCACGGUACCCUUACCACACGAGUGCAGUUGCGGAUCUAUAAUGGUGUUGGCUGUUACCAAUCAGCCUCGAAACAAAACGUUAAGUUUAAUUCAUUUGUAUUAUGGUGUCCUCUUAAUGUUGCAAUUGAGAAAGAAUGGAAAGGAACCUAAAAUUUUACAACGCCGGAAAAUAGAUUAAAUACUUACAUAACUACUCGAAAAUCUUGUACUCUCUCCCUCGCAGCACACGAUAUCACGCCAAACACGGAAAUAAAGCACAAAUAAAACCUCUCUAACAAACACAUUAAUCGGCCAUCUGCCCUAGACCCGCCCCUGGACUGAGGUAUAUAUACAAUCAACCUCGUCUCCAGGGCUUAGUGGUACUUAGUGCCCCCGGAAGAUGGAAAAAGGUAACAUUACUUAAAGCAUUCAUGGCACCAUUACAAUUUAAGUUUCACUUCUAACUUACCUUACACUACUUCGUUCUUAGGUUGGUAGUCGUCGAGUGAUCCAGUGGGGUGCUUUUGUUGUAAUGACUGUUGGCAUUAUUGGAAAAAUAGGCGCGCUCUUUGUCAGCAUUCCAGAUCCUAUCGUCGGUGGAGUUUUUAUGGUCAUGUUUGGUAUGAUCUCCGCCGUCGGAAUCUCUAACCUACAGUUUGCUGACAUGAAUUCUUCCAGAAACUUGUUUAUAGUUGGUUUUUCUAUUGUUUUUGGAUUAGCGCUUCCGUACUACAUGGAGAAUAAUCCAAAGGCCAUCGACACAGGUAUGUACGGGGAUUUCAGGAGUUUAAGAGUUUGAAAGGGUAGAAAAACGAUUCAUUUAGGUAGUUAAAGGGGCCUAUAAUCAAAAUAUUUCGCGCGGACACAGCUUAUGGCGUUACCAUUUUAAUCAUGUUCUCCCAUUAUAUGCCAAGAGUUAGAAAAGUGAAGCAAAUUUUCAAUCAGGUAUGAGAAAGGAGUACCAUAUUUCAAUGGAAAGUAUAGUUUUUCAAGAGUAGCCUGCUCUAGGCUCCAAGAUAGUAGUGCAGUCGUUCAGUCCAAAAAGUGAUGUGAAAAAAGCGCGGGGGCUGGGGAGAGAGAGGGCACCAGAUCGUGGGCGGGAUUCGCGGCGUCUCUACUACCUGACAGCCUGGAACACGCUAUAAAAGUGUUCUGAUUAUUUCAAUAGGUGUGACAGAAAUCGACCAGAUAGUUACUGUUUUGUUGAAAACAAGCAUGGCUGUAGGAUGCAUAGUAGCGUUGAUUCUGGACAAUACCAUUCCUGGUACUGAAGAAGAACGCGGGCUAAAAACAUGGCGGCAACACCUGGGAGACGACGAAGGCGAAGAGCAGUUUGAAACUGCUUCCGUUUCCGUGUAUGAUCUUCCGUUUUGUCUUAAGAGACUAAGUCAUUGCAGAGCGGCCAAAUAUCUGCCUUUCCUGCCGUAUGAAAACGGCCAAAAAGAUCUUCCAACACAUGUUGGGGAGAUGGACAAUGACGAAAAUUGCAAACUGUAAAAUAUACAGUGUACUUGUGGGUAGUACUCCUAUAGACUGCAUUGCUGGUGUUUUUGUUCGCGUAAUCGCCAUGUUGCUGAACCGCAAUACUGAAUUGCAAAUAGCGGAGAGGUUAUGGCCUGUCAAAGGAAGGGGUUGUAAUUUCUACUCUCCCCAAUUUUCUUCGGUGAUAAACUCAAAGAUGGCGGCCACAGCACAGAGAGGAGAAGUCGCUACGUCCCGUUGUCAUGGUAGCAAAAUUUCUGGAUCUCAAAAAAUCAUGGCUCUGCAAAUAUGACAAAAAAAGACGAAAAAAUUGACAUAAAGUAUGACUUUCUUGUGCAUAAUUGCACUCAGGAACAAAGCGGUAGCCCAUACUUUUCUUCCAUCGUUCGACAAUACAAAUGGUCGUCUCUGUCACGGAAGAAUGUUGAGAUCAAGAAAACUUGCUACCAUGGUACACCUGACGUCACAAUUCUCCUCUCUGUUACGAGCAAAAACAAGGAACUUUCGCUGGCCCAAACAAUACGCCAGCAUUCCAUAGUAGAGACUAUACUAGACUAUACUAUACUAUACUUCUAGAAACGUCGGAUUUUAACCUUUCUCUUGGUUUUGCGACAAUGUAACAAGGCAGCCGCGUUGGCUGACCAAACAAUAAAACUUUUUGCGAACAAUUUGUGUAAGAGAAAGAAUUUAUUUCCGAUCCCAGCGGAGGGAAACUCACUUUUGUUGUUGUCAGAUCAACCAACAUGGCUGCCGUGACGUAAGCAACAACAACAACAACAAUAAGCUUUAUUUGCAUGACCGUAACAAAGUAUUACAGUAUUGCAAAAGCUACUUGAAGUUAAUCAUUGAUUCCUUGUAAAUUAAAUAUUUAAAAUCAUUUGAAACUUAUUAAUCGUUGCUUAUUUCUAACCAUCAGUAGGAUUAAUUAUUCCGGAGAUAAAUUUGUCUCUCAAUUCAAAGCAAGUUGAUAUAAAUGAAAUUAAUUGGAUGUUGAUAAAAUAGUCAGUAGAAUUCAUCAGAUGUGAUAAUAAGGUCUCAUGUGAUUGUAGUCGUAGAAACGGUAUUUUAGGUUCUAGUUUAGAGAAGAACAUAUCUCUUAUCGAAGAAAAACUUGGACAAUCUAAUAAAAAGUGAGUUUCAUCUUCAAUUCUGUUACAAUUGCAGAGAUUGCAUAACCUUUCGUCACGUGGUAUAUUGUCGUAUCUACCUGUCUCAAUCCUAAGUUUGUGACUGCUUAUUCUCAGUUUCACUAAUGUUUUCCUAGAAGGGUUCUUUCUUGUUAGAUCUAGGUAGACAGAACGGCUAUAAUUCGUUUUGAUUUUAUAAUAAAAGUUAAGUUUUUGUGAAUGUUGAAGGGUAUGAUUCCAGUAAGUGAUAUAUUUCUUUUGCAUAAGAUCCACAUAUUGCUUAAUUUUACAUUUAUUCAGUAAAUUACAAUUAAAGCCUGGGAAAUCAUAAGAGUCAGUCAUCUUCUUAGACUGGAGUAAAAACUAUUUUGACCACUCUUAUAAAAGUCAACAGAUAUUUUUAAAGAUUGUUUAACUAUAGAAUUUUCAUCUUUUUCUUGGAGAUAGUUUAAGUAAUUAAGUGUCUUGUUAUUUAUAUCAAUGAUCAAAGGGAAUCUGCCAAGUUCAGAUCUGCAUGCAACAUUGGAUGACUUGUUAUGGACUUCUAAAUAUCGUUUACAGAAGUGUAAAUGAGUUUUUUCGAUUCCGGAGUUAUCCCAUGACUUAAAAUCUGAUUUCACAAAUGGGUAGCUCACGCAAGCAAAGGCGUUUUUGAGCGACACACGUCACGAGUCAGACCUUUUUACCUUUUAAUAUAUCUUAACGCUCCAAAAUUGAAUUGCUAAGUGUCUUUACCCUUAUGGAGAUGAUUUGCCCGAAAAGACAGCAAAAUCACUGCCCAAGAAUGCAAAAAGUUUAUUUCCGGUUGACAUGCGUUGCUUCAGCUCCCAAAUAUAUAACUUAUGCGAAACUAACAGAUGCCUUGCUUUUGCUUUGUGCCUACGGCUAAUAAACGACACUAUAAUGAAAGAAAUUUGCAAAAGCUAAGGAAAUUGAAAGUUCUUUAAUUCACUGUUCAAAGUAUAAUAUAUUGCCAAUGUACAGUUAGUUUACUGAACUUUUUGAAAGUUUACCAGAAUAGUUACAGUUAGUUGCAAUUGGCGCCUUUUGCUCGUAUUCAAAGCAUUUUCAACGACAGGAAGGUUAUUAUCUUUUACAAUAUAUAAUUGACUAGAUAUUUUAAAUAUCCUUGCCGAUUUUUCACUGAACAGCAAGUAAAAUCUCGGUAAAUCAAGCGAAAAUCACUUCAGACGUUUGACGAGGUUGACUUUUUGCUAGACUGACAGCAAGUGCUCCUUUAUAACGAUCGCCACGCGAAUAAACCGCAUUGAAAACGUGCUCAGUUUCUCUGUUCGUUCGCUUUUUCUAGUCUUCCGUGACUAACUGCAAGCUGUUUGUCUUGCUGCUCAGGUGUUGUACAACAUUGUUGUGUUGUACGACAUGUACAGUUGUACAAUAAUACUCAAGAGACAUCUAAGUCUACAAAGAUGUAAAGAGCAUGCUAAUUACUGAGCCAGGCUUUGUUCUUCUGGACUUGAUAGUUCAAGUCAUUGAUAUGAGGGACAAUUUCAAUUCACAAUUAACGCCCCGCCAAAAAAAUUGAAUACCUCGAACGUCAACCAAGUAAUCCUACAAACAUGAGUGUGAUAUGCUAAAUUUCAGAAUACCCGACCACUUCUUUGCAUAUCAUUGAAUACUAAAAGUGCCUAUUGUGUUGACCUCGUUCUUUAAAGCGUUUCGACAAAUGUAAAUGAUGUGGCCGUGGUAUUCUGAAAUUGCUCCAAAAAAUGAAUUGGUCACGUUUAGUGCUGUUGAAUUCCACUGAAGAUUACCACUGGCACGCCAUCGUGGUUUUUCUUCAGUAAAUCGGACUUUAAACCGACCGGCCAGCGUAGUAACCAUGCAGCAGUCUUGACCUGCUCCAUCGCAUUUAGAAGACUAAACUAUUUCUCCUGGAAGCUGAGUAGGUCAGGAAAGGAAGCAAAAUGAUAAUCCAAUACGGCUUUGAGGUAAGACGAGCAAUACUAUGAAUCUAAGUGGAUCGAGUAACACGGAACAACCGUAACUCUUACUGCCAUGAUUACAUUCGGUUUUCUCUCGAUCGUACAUGUUUCAGCUCUCGCUCACGAGUGGCAAUAUUUCACGCUCCCGAUGACCAGCAACAUUUCACUAACUCCGCAGAAGCUUUCGAUCUCUUUUCCUUUCGAAACUGUUUUCAGUUUUCUUUCAAAAAUAUUGACUCUUGUUAUAAACUUGACUUACUUCACAAAGGAGAGAAAAGUAAGGAGAUGAUCAGAAACAAUUUGAAGACGACCUGACCACACCAAAUGUCCUGACUGGUCAGCCCCUGGUCAGAAGAUUUUGGCGUCAACAAUGAAAUUAACAGGACUGGCUAACUGUAAUCGCUCCAGCUUCUUUUAUCCUUUUGACCUGCAGGUUUUACGGGAUUUUCGAAAAUAACAAUUUGAAUUGCUAUGUAUUCGUGGGACAGUGUUUUCAAUGUUUUCUCGGUAACUAGAAACACCAGGCUUGUCUGCCCUGACCUGCUAAGCGAGUGGAUUAAGUUGAGAUUGACAUAUUUUGGAUAGCCUGCGAGCAAGCUCUCCUAUUUGGGCGAGUGAAACGAGUCUCGCGCGUUCUCGCGAGGCUCGCUUCGCUAUAUUUUGCAUAAAUCUCACAAGUGUUGCUUUUAAAUCUCGGCGGAAUUCAAUUCGAUCGAAAAAAUUCAUCAGUUAGAUUGAAUUUCUUUGGACUCUGACUAUCUUAUUAUCUAUUAUUGAUGUUUAGAAUGUUUUUAGAGAAACACAGUUAAGACAGUGUUGGUAGGUUAAUUCAAUGCUUAGUUCUCUAAAUCCCAAUCCUCACUCAUAUUGCCUGCCUUCUCAGUGAGUUCCAGUCCUCUUUCCUACUUAUUCACUUGCGCUAUCUCGGUCCAAAUGCGUCGAAUACCUGAUCACACUACACUAAAGUGUGUCACAGAACCUUUUCGCGCGCAGCUUCGCUCCGUUAAAGAAAACUCCAUUCUUAUUUGUGAAUAGGAGCCUUUAAUAUCGGGUCUGAUUUUCUUGCCGACGCAAAAGGAUAGCCCGGGGCGGACAUGCCAUCCACGCCCUAAUGACCUUACUAGCCCCGACAAACUGAGAAACUUGACAUGGUUAGCGUCACUAAUUAAGGAGCUAAGAUCAACACAAUCUAGUGCUUUUGAUCUAGUACAAAGUCCAAGUUGUUGUUGACGUGUUAUAUAAUCGAGCCGGUUGCGUGAGAAAACCUCCGAAGUCCGAUGCUCGCCGUUUCGUUGCGACGAAGGUCGGAAGAACUAAAAACCUGUGACUAGCACCUUCUUUUUCUCUUUCACAGAAAAACUUCAUGCUAAAGGCACCUGACGAUCAACAUCACGAAUUGCCACGUGCGUCGGUGUUACCGCUCGUGGACAAAACACCCAUGCUAUUAUUAUGAUAAGACUAACUUGCGUGCGAUCUGUAUAAUUUGGUCACGCUACGGUGCUUAUUUUACUGCCCACUGAGCGGCGCCCGUUCCGGAGAUGUCCACAUUUUAAUUCGCGCGUUAUCGUACACUGAAGUCUUUGCUUUUAUAACUGUCAUCAAAUUCAUAGGCUUUGUGAAAGCGGCGCUUAAAGGAAAAUAAUGGUAAAACAAGAAAUCGAGGUAAGGCAAACAAUAUUAACAAGUAAAAUCGGUUACAAUAAGUAUCGCCGGCGUGCUGACGACUUUAAUAACUUUAGCUCCAUAUCAAUACUUGAGCAACUAACAUCAACAAAACGACUUUACCACAGCAACCACAGGCAAAAAAGCAAAUAACUUACAACUACCCUCCAAGCUAAAACCUACAGAUACGUAGGUCUGAACCGAUACACUUGUUGUUCUGUAUUUGAACCUGACUUAUCUUAGAAUCUUUUGAUAACAGGAACGCGGCGAAAUGAUUUUAAAACUUCCACUGAAACUAGUAGAGUCUCGAAAACAGAGACCUCGCACAAUUGAUCUAUAGUUUGACGAUCUUGGUUUAUGAAAACUAGUUGAAGUCCUCUCGAUUCUUUUAUGUGUGCAGCCUUUUACGUGCAGUUAGCAAAUCGUAAAUCAGGGAUAACAAGAUUUGCUGCUUUGAAUCUAAGAGUAAAUUGCCUCGAUUCAAAGGUCACAAGCCAUUACAUUCACUUAUACUGUCUGGAUGAAUUUUCGUCCGUAAGCCUAAGGACAAACCAUGAAUACUAAGAAAAAAACAGAAAAAAUGUAUUUUGCCAAAAAGGUAUUACUGAUUUCGGGCGAUUGUUUAUGAGCUUCUUUAAUUCAUUUACUUACUUCAGUCACGUGCAUCUGUUAAUCAGUCAUUAUUACCACCCUGUCCUCAAGCGAUCUAAGUAUUGCUAGUCUAGCUGAUAAAGAAGGAAGGUUCAAAUCACUGCAUUUCUGCGUACAGACAGUUUUCCUUGCCUGCUGAAUUAUGUGACCCAGGUUUAAGCACUUGGGCUACCUGUGGCACGUUUGACGAAAAUUCAUCUUUUAAGUUAUUUUCAGGAUAAUUAACGAGUCAAUCACUUUUGCAAUAGAGCACUAAAGUGAUGACGUCAUAAAAAAUACAGUUUAGUAUAGUAUAUUCUUGUUUUAAGUUACACUCCUUGGUUACACUGUUUAUCAUAACCAACAUAAACCUGAAACCACAACCUGCUUGAUGUUGCUUGGCUAAACGGGUUCUUAUAAAUUUGGGUAAUGAAGUGUCAAGCUUCUGUCAGCAGGAGGUUCUUAAUCCACAGGUUCUUAUUAGCGGGUGUUUACUGUAUUCUACUGUAGAUGGUUUUGCAGUCAGAGUGACACAGGAUCCUCGGAAGAAAAAAUCGAAGUAAUCUCAGUUGGUUUUAGCCUUUCACGCAGACGUUCUUAAGAUUGCGUGAAGAGCCAAAAGUUAAUGGGAGUCGAACCUAUGACCUUUUAGUCAUGACCAGAAGGUCACAGGUUCCUCGCGUGUUUCCUACUAUUUACUCACCAGCUUUAAAAUUCUGUUAUCAAAAAUUUCUGUUAUAUUCAUGUAAAUAAAGUUCACAUUUUUUUUGUAGACGUGCGCACUGAAACAAACUCGCUCUACGCACUUUCGGCCCCGACAGGGUAUCUUUAUUUUAAACUCUCAGUCAACAGUAAACUUUAUUCUUUCAUUUCUGUCUAAAGGUAUAUUAAUACUUUUUCUGUCACCAUAACUCAAAUUCAUUCUUUUUCACCUCUUUAAUAAGACCAGCUUUCUCGUCUCGCGGCCAUAAACGUGUUCGUCCCUUCCGCCCAAAUAGUUAUUUUCUGCGCUAGAGGUGAUUCUUCAGUCAUUCAGAAUACUAUGUCAUGUUAUCCGUCUGCAUGAGGCAAAUGUUUGGAAAGAAAUUUCUUCUCGUACCCGCUCACGGUCACAUUUAAAGGACACUAACUCGCGCUUCCGAUUAACGGACAGUGGCCCAUUAUGGUCCUUUUUUCUAAAGAGGAAUAUUUUUCGCCAAAAUUGUAUUAUUCAUCACUUAGGACGCUGUUAAUACUGAAGACGUCAUCAUGAGUUUUGCGUAUAUGUGCGUGGGUUAUGCGUGGGCUCAGUUACUCCAUUGUGACCUCAUUUAAAAGUUGCAAUUUUGACCUUUUAACGACAUCUCUCUCGCAAUAAAAAUUGUAAGAGAGGCAGAUAUUUAAAUAUUUUCCUGAUUGAAUUUCAAAAAAAAUUAAAUAUGCCGAACUGUAAAGAAAACGAAACAGAAAAUACUCAAAGUACGCAAAUAUUGUACUCUUCCGUAAUAGUGUCACGUUUAAGUUGUUUUCGUAAAUGAACAUAUUGCUCGUGUAUUUUCUUUGGCUUUCUUCUUGAGUCCUUUAGAUUAUAUUGUUCUCCAAGUUUGUUGUUGUUGUUGUUGUUGUUUACCACGCGGACGUUGUUAAGGGUUCGUCACGAGUGGGGCAGGAACGCGUGACGAACCCCAAAGAACGUCUGCUUGGUAGGCUCUGAAAAAGAUAGCGGGAUGAGGGAUUUUCGUGAAAAAGGAGCGGGGAUACGGGACCAAGAUCCUCCCCUUUUCAGUCCCUGAGCCAGCGAUCCUGAUUCCUGCUCCGAAGAUAAGGUUCUGAUGAGGAUGAUAUCAGAUUAGACAGGAAAGAAAGGAUGAAGAAGUUUUGUAGAAGAUGAAUGUUGUCAUAUCUUAAACCUAGUCCAUACUACACCGACACGAAAUUAAAGCUAUCCACUAUACCAUAAAAACCCAUCCAAAAUGUGACUCCCGUCGUUAGAAAUCGGUUAGGGGGCAGCUUUGCUCCUUUAAAGAAAUCGCGAAGACGAAACCUCCGUUCUUUGUGAACAGAAGUCCAAUCUGGUAUGGUUUUCGUGCCGUUAUAGAGCAUAGCCCUAAAGUCCUCCCUCUACAUCAUAUCUUGUUUUUAGCUGGCACAGUCGGAUGAUAAACCGGAAACCGAGAAGAUUAAAACAAGAGCUCUUGGUCUGUCAUACCUGAUUAAUGAGAACCCGCCAUGGUACAUCUGCUUAUUGCUUGGUUUUCAGGUAAGCUUAUUUUAGGUCUUUCAGAGGCCGGCAGCCUAUGCCUGGAUUUUGCUUUUCGUUAUAAAUUCUUAAAUGCCGCUUUUUAUCAACUAAUCAAGCGUGAUCGUUUAUUGUUAUUGCUCCCAGUUCAGUAAUAUACUGGCGUAAAAAAAUCUUAAACAAGUCUUAUGGAAAGACUAAUCACUACAACUGAACAUAGCAUUUUUCACAUUCGCGUAUAUUUAAAAUCACCUCCAUGCUUACUUUGUCGAGGAUUAACAAAAAGAUCACUUCCCAAUUAAACCAUUUAUAAUUUUUCCUUUACACCUUAUCCCCAAAUGGUGGCAAAUCAUUUUGCCUUCUUGACAAUUUGCCUCAAUACUCGUUUUAAAUAAAAUAAAUAAAUAAAGUGUCUUUAUUGUUCAAAAGAUAAAAUUACAUAUCUUAUGUUACAUUUAAAUAUAACAAUGUUAAUGGGCUAAAGUAUGUCUCUAAAUAAGAUUAGAAUUUACAUAGAAACAAAUACAAAAAUCGAAUAUAGAAAGUACACUAUUUACAAAACUACAUUAUACUUGAAGACAAUUCUAUUAAAGAAUGUAUUCUUAAAACGGUCCGUGUGAAUGGCGGGCAUUGGGAGAGAUUUAUUCCUUAAGUUGUAUCUUGUAAUCUUAGUCUCAGGGAAGUUAGCUCUAAGAGGGUGGUUCGGGAUACUAGAAACCUUCCUACAAAUUCUAUGAUCUUGCACUUUAAGUAAUUCACCUAUCUCUAAUUUCUUGGAUAUGUAUCUGCGUUUAAAACAUCGAUCUAAAAACUGCUGGGCUAUAGUUAGCUUAAAGAUGAAAGUUCUUUUGAAUUCCAAAUGCAAACAGUUACAGCAAUAGUAACGGCCUAUACAGAUUAACUUUAUUAAAUCGUUUAGAAAAAAGAACAGCGAGGAGAGAUGCACACUAAAAUAAACUACAAGUUCGGCCUCUUUCAAUCUGACAGUAAAAAUUUUUUUCCUUGUUUCAGCACUACCUGACCAUGUUAGGAGGAACAUUAGCAAUUCCUUUUAUCAUAAGCGGCCCAAUGUGUUUUGCCAAUAACACUCUCGCUAUAAGCGAGGUCCUGAGCACCAUAUUCUUUGUGUCAGGACUUGUGACAGUGUUGCAGGCUACGUUCGGAGUCAGGUUUGUGUUUUCAAAAGGUUGAGAAUGUUAGAGCGAUUUUCGUAUGACCUUGAAAAUGGUUUCGGUAAGUGUUCGUCGUUUGUUUUAUCAGCCAAUGGAUGAAAAGAUCAAAACAUGAACCCUUCGUUUUCCCGCCAAAGAAAACCCUAAUAUGGAGAAGGCAUUGUUCGAUCGGCCAAUCGUGUUGCAGUAUGGCGUCAAAUCGAAGUGUCGAUUGAUUUUUAGAAAGUUCUUCGGGCAUAAGGUUUUUACAGCCGAGCCUUCACUAAACCAACCAAAAGCCACGCGCGUUUGUAUCCGUUCGAUAAACCAAUCAAGUAGCUCUAUUUCCUUUCGCUUGCUGCUUCUGUUUUGUUCGCUCGUUUUCAUUUCAAUGUCAUACGAAAAUUGCUAUAUCUACUGGAUAUGAUUCUAUACAGUGGGUAAGGCAAAUGAUUUCCCAAAGAUCCUUAAAGCUAACUAAUCAACUUAUCCACUAGACAGCGAUUUACCGACUGACUGGAUAUUUUGAAGACUUUAAAAUAGACCUUACUCACGAUACCCGCCAUUUCUGAGCGCGCCUAAGGAUUGAUGAGAUGGAAGCAAUGUCACGUGGUAUUUCAGGGGGUCAAACAAGUGAUAGAAUUUGCCGAUACGAGUAAUCGAGGUCGAGUUUCUUUAUUUUCUCAAAACAAGUACACGAUUUUAGUGAUGCAAAAUGUACAAUUCGACAUUCGAUAAGUUUUACAUUAUUUUUGAUUGCUAUGUGAACACCUGACGGUCGCUGUUCCAUCCAAAAAAAGAGACAAUGAUCGCCUCCAACCAAAAUUUUCCAUUAUCGUCUUUAAGAUAAAAAUUUCUAAAUUUUCUGUUUUCUAGACUAAACAAACGCGACCAUGAUUUCUUGCAUUGGUAAAUUUUAUCCUUUGCUUGCCUCUCGACCACGAAGCCAGUGGGAAACGAUAUUCUAUGGACGUGUGGGUUAUCUACAACCUUAGUUGAUAUUUUAGUUCUCUU